UUUUUUUUUUUAUUUGUAAUUUGGUCAUGCCUCCACGUCCGCUAUGUCUGUAGAGUUCAAGUCCACUUGCUUACAAGUUGAAAAACAAAGCGUAUAAAAUAACUGAAUUUUUGGAUACAUGGUUUGGAUGGGAAGUGGGUUUUCUUUCCACCAUAUUCAUAAUACUUGAUCCGGCCGCCACAGGUUAAUAUGAUCAUUUGCAGAUUUAAAGCUUUGCCUGAAUUGAGUUUUAGUUUUAAGUCCGAUUCUUUCUUCUUUUUUUCAAUCUAAAUCGACAUUAUUUUAAAACAAGAAUAAUGCUGUUUUCAUUAAAAAAAAAAAAUAGUUAAUUUACCUAUGGAUCCGCACAAGCUAACCUCACCAAUUCUCAACUCUCAACCCAUGUUGAGUCUUGCAACUAUGCUCUCUAUGUAAUGAUUAAGGAUUCCAGUAUGAGAACAUCUAAGAGGUGAUUAGAGAAAAAUUAGUUUUGAUACGUGAAAGAUGGUUGGAAAAUAUUAUUAGAUCAUUAAAAAAACAUGAAAAAGAAAUAGAGAGAGAGUAACUGAGUAUCUAAGCUGUGUUUCUUUUCUUUUACUGUUAGUUUUCUGUCAGGCUUUUAAUGGAAGCUAACCACAUUGAACACCCACUUUUCCAUUUCACCAAUUAAAGUCUCUCUUCUCCUCUUCCUGCAAAAUAUUUCCUUUCAUCUCUUGCAGCUUGGAGUUCAACCUUCAUUUCUCGAAAGACUUGCUUUCAGUUCAGAAAUGGAAAAUUCAGGGAAUAUUUUGCGAUGCAGAAUCCUCUUUUCUUUGCCUUUCCUGAAUGCAUAGUAUGUCAUAUGAUUAGCACUUGCAAUCAUGGAGUUCAAGAAAGAGAAGCUUGUGAGGUUUAAUGAUGGUCAAAACCUGGACAAGACAUUGCCUGUUCACAAGACAUCAGCUCCAUUCUUCAAAACUGAAGGUGGUAUUAUUAAUGACAGAAACACAAGUGACAAGGUUCCUAAGUUUGGAAGGUUUAAGGUAUUUCCGGAGAAUAACAAUGAACCAUAUUGGAGAGAAAAGAUUCUUGAUCCAGGAAGUGAUGUUAUCUUGAAAUGGAACAGGGUUUUCCUCUUCUCAUGCUUAACAGCACUCUUUGUUGAUCCGUUGUUUUUUUACCUUCCAUCAGUAAUCAGCAAUGGACAGUCAACUUGUAUGGAUACUGAUUAGAAUUUAGGAAUUACUGUGACAUGUUUUAGAACAUUUGCUGAUGUAUUUUACAUAGUUCAUAUUGUAAUAAAGUUUAGGACAGCUUAUGUCUCACCUAGUUCAAGAAUUUUUGGGAGAGGUGAACUUGUUAUGGAUCCUGAGUUGAUUGCAAGGAGAUAUUUGAGAUCAGAUUUCUUCAUAGAUCUUAUUGCAGCAUUACCUCUUCCUCAGAUUGUGAUAUGGUUUAUAAUACCAGCAAUUAGAAGCUCUCAUGCUGAUCAUACCAACAAUGCCAUAGUACUGAUUGUUCUGCUCCAGUAUAUUCCCAGAUUAUAUCUGAUUUUUCCAUUGAGUUCUGAGAUCAUUAAAGCUACUGGAGUAGUCACAAAGACUGCCUGGGCUGGGGCUGCAUAUAAUCUCCUGCUAUACAUGUUGGCUAGUCAUGUCUUGGGGGCAUCCUGGUAUUUGUUGUCGAUUGAGCGCCAUGCAACAUGCUGGAAAUCUGCUUGCAAACAUGAAUUGAACCCUAUACCAUGCAAGCCUCGUUACUUGGAUUGUAGUACUUUGAACUUUGCUGAUCGCAAGUCAUGGGAAAACACUACUGUUUUAUUUUCAAGAUGUAAUCCAUCCAACAAAACCUUUUUCGAUUACGGCAUCUUCGCAAAUGCAUUGAAGCAGAAUGUACUUUCCUCUGAUUUUCUUGAAAAGUAUUUCUACUGUCUUUGGUGGGGCUUGCAGAACUUGAGUUCCUAUGGCCAGAGUUUGUCAACAAGCACAUUUAUUGGUGAAACUGCAUUUGCCAUACUCAUUGCCAUCUUGGGCCUGGUUUUGUUUGCUCAUUUGAUCGGAAAUAUGCAGACAUACUUGCAAUCUAUCACUGUGAGGCUUGAGGAGUGGAGGCUCAAGCGACGAGACACAGAGGAGUGGAUGAGACAUCGUCAACUCCCUCAAAGUCUACGAGAACGUGUCAGACGGUUUGUUCAAUACAAGUGGCUUGCAACUAGAGGGGUUGAUGGAGAAUCAAUCUUGCGUGCAUUACCUACAGAUCUUCGUCGAGACAUCCAGCGCCACCUAUGCCUGGACCUUGUUAGACGAGUUCCUUUUUUCUCACAGAUGGAUGGUCAGCUACUUGAUGCAAUAUGUGAGCGCUUAGUGUCCUCCUUGAGUACUCAAGGAACCUAUAUAGUUCGAGAAGGUGAUCCAGUCACAGAGAUGCUUUUCAUUAUCAGGGGAAAGCUAGAGAGCUCAACUACAAAUGGAGGACGAACUGGUUUCUUCAAUUCAAUUAUUUUGAGACCUGGCGACUUUUGCGGUGAGGAGCUGCUUGCCUGGGCAUUGCUCCCAAAAUCUACUCUCAACUUACCAUCUUCCACAAGGACAGUGAGAGCUCUAGAAGAAGUGGAAGCAUUUGCAUUGCAAGCAGAAGACCUCAAGUUCGUUGCAAACCAAUUUAGACGUCUCCAUAGCAAGAAGCUACAACAUACCUUCCGUUUCUACUCUUACCAUUGGAGAACAUGGGCUACCUGUUUCAUUCAGGCUGCUUGGCGUCGGCACAAGAAGAGAAUGAUGGCAAAGAGCUUGAGCAUGUCAGAAUCCUUCUCACUUUCUGUUGAUGGGCAAACAGCUGAUGACGAAACAACACAAGAGGAGGCUGAACCAAGUUUUGCAUCUUCAACUUCUUCUCAAGCAAAACAGCACCUUGGUGUCACAAUACUGGCUUCAAGAUUUGCUGCAAACACAAGAAGAGGAGCUCAGAAAGUCAAGAAAGUUGACAUGCCCAAGUUGCAAAAACCCGAAGAGCCAGAUUUUUCAACAGAACCAGACGAUGACUAGUUCGACCCCAGUUCUCAUCCAGCAGCCAAAACUAUCCAUGGGUAAAAGCUCUUACGGAAGCCAAAAGAUUAAUCCCGAAGAGAUAUUAAUUUAAAUGAUGCACAUCAUAAGUUCUUAAGCACUCAGGGAUGACUGCAUUGAUUUUUAUGUAGCUGGAAGCCAAGUGAAUGUAAAAGGUGCAGGUUGCAUGUCAUUUCUAUGAUAUCCAUUAGUCUAUAGGUAUACAUGUAGCAGGUCUUGAUUAACGUAGAGUUUUGUUAUUGCCACUUAGGUAAAGAUUAACACAUUAUUGCCUUGGAUUUUCUUGCUGAAAUGGACUUGAGCUCCACCAUAAAUAUUUAUCAGGAUAAUCUUAUUUCAA